AUGCCACAACCAAAAAAAGUCGCCGGAAAAAAACAAGCUGAGACAAUUAAUCAACGUCUCCAACUUGUUAUGAAAUCCGCUAAUACACCACAAAUCAGAAAAAGUGAAAUCGAAUAUUAUGCUAUGUUAGCUAAAACUGGUGUACAUCAUUAUGGUGGAAAUAAUAUUGAAUUAGGUACAGCUUGCGGUAAAUAUUUCCGUGUUGGUAUUCUUGCUAUUACUGACCCAGGUGAUUCAGACAUUAUUCGAACAGUACCAGGUGAACAAUCGACUGCUAUUGCAACAUCAUAA